AUGUUAAGACAGAUUAUUCUAGUGGAUAAGAAUGCCAAACUUAUCGAGUUUUGGAGACGCGGUUUAGCCGAUUUGAAAUAUGUAAAAAUAUGUACAGAAGACCUAGAUAAAUUAGACUUCAGCGCAAUGGAAAGCCCGAAAACGAAGGCAUCAGCAGCGGUAGUUUCGCCCGGAAACUCGUUUGGAUGGUUAGGUGGUGGGUUUGAUCUGGCACUGCAGCGGUUUUUUGGAGGUCCCGAGUUCGAGACAUACUUUAGACAGCAAUUGGGCCCAACAGGCUACAAACCGGUUGGAACUGCAACGGUGGUGGAACUGGGCACUAAAUGGAGCAAAAACGGAAUCACACGCGUGAUUCACGUUCCGACCGUAGUGGCACCGUCUCUUUCGCGUAAAGUUUACGACCCAGCCAGACCCGUAGAAACUGGCUACGGUCUGGUUUUCAAUACACUGUGGAGUGCGCUCACCAACACGCCGAAAGACGCAGAAGUUUUGGUGGUCCCAGGUCUGGCAACUGGUUUUGCCGGGGUUCCCGUGGAAGUGUGCAGCAAGGCCAUGGAGCUAGCAAUUCGACUAUUUCAGGGCUCUGGCUCUGGCUCGGUCUCGAUGUCUCUGGAACUCAGAAACGUCAUAAUUAUGCAAUUUCUAGGCUAUCGCUACAACAAUUUCGUUCCACCCCAAUGUCUCGAGGAGUGUGCACGGCUUGGCAUCAACACCAAAGCAUUGCUCGCGUACGACGCUUGCAAGGACCCUAUAGCGAGCAUUUUGCCUCAGUUCUAG